UAUGGCAAAGAGACAGACACACACACAGACAGACAGACUGACAGAUAGACAGAGGCUGCGCAGCAGAGUGAGCGUGCAAAGGCCCACACACACACACAGACAGCAGUGGCACUCACAGAGAGAGGAAGUGUGAUUAUCAGCCUGGGAAAUGACUUUGUAAAUUGUUUUUUUUUUUGUUGUUGUUUUCUUUUUAUUUGCUGCGUGUUUGGAGACCAGAGAUAUGAGCGGUGAUGGCAGCAAACAGCGCUUUGUGUCAACCUUCAGGAUGCAGCUCAAGCCACCACCACCACCACGUGCAUCAUCUGCUGCACCAGGGAAUGAGCCGAGGACUGUUGACCCCAGGGCCUCAGACAAACGUACUGACAGAGGGUCUCUCAACCGUCUGGAUCCACCUGUCUUCACAGAGCCUCUGGAGGACCGCUGCGUGAACGAAGGAAGUGACAUCACAUUGCGAGGGGUUCUUGCAGGAAGUCAACCUAUCAAAGUGUCAUGGCUGCACAAUGGUGAGGUGGCGCGUUUUGGGAAACAUUCUUUCGAUGGCAGGGAGGUGACUUUCGUAGUGCGGGAGUGUCUGCCUGAAGAUGCUGGUGCCUACACCUGUUUGGCUGAAAACAGUGCAGGCAAGACGUCCUGCUGCGCUGCUGUGUGCGUCAGAGACUUUGAAACUAUCCGUAGUGUCCAGAACAGCAUCUCAAAGAUCACCAUGAGUGCGUCCAGGAGCCUGGUGGAAAAUGGAAGGUCUCCACUAUCUCCCAAAGAAGAUCUGCAGGUGUUCAGAGGAUCUAUUACCUCCCCAACAGGAGAUAAGCAGAGCCCAGUCUCAUCGCCAAAAGAAGUUGUACCAAAGAAGCGAGCCAACUCCGGGAAAGGUGCACGACCAUUACAGUUUGUGAAUCCUCCACAGCAACUCGAGGUGAAGGCGGGGCAGACUGCCCGUCUGUUGUGUCUUUUCACCGGCAGCCCUCCCAUCGUGUCCUGCUGGAUCAGAAACAAAGAACAGAUAGUGGACGGUCCAGAGCUGUGGACAGAAAACACUGAUCAGAGCAGUUCACUGGUCAUAGCAGAGGCUAAACCACAGCACACAGGCUACUACACUAUUGUCGUGAGGGACCGCAAGAGCUCAGCGCAACACACGCUCACCCUUUCUGUCAUCGACAGGCCAGAGCCUCCCGCCUCCUGCCCCGUCAUCUCCUGUGUCACCGCCUCCAGCCUUGUGCUGACCUGGUCAGGACCCUGCUACGACGGCGGCAGCGCCAUUUUGGGAUACGCAGUUGAGUUGAAGGAGCAAGGACUCACAGAGGCUGGGGACUGGCGAGAAGUCACUGACCUGUGCACGAGUACGUCAUACAGAGUGUGUGCAGGGCUGCGGCAUCAGGGGGAGUACUGCUUCAGAGUGAGGGCCUUCAACCAAGUGGGAGCAAGUGAUCCAGGACCAGUAUCACCAGUGGUUAGGAUGGAGCAUAGAGUUUCAGCUAAACCGCAAGCAGAGGAGGCCCCUAAACCUCCUACCUGUGUGACCAUGGAGUCUUCCAACAAAGUUAAAGACCACUACAUUAUGCAGGAGAAACUGGGAGUGGGAAAGUUUGGUCAGGUGUUCAAGCUGACCCACAAAGUCACAGGACAAGUGUGCGCUGGGAAGUUCUACAAAGGCCGACGUUCCAAGGAGAGGGAGGCCGCUCGUAAAGAGAUAGAGCUGAUGAACUAUCUCCACCACCCCAAGCUAGUUCAGUGUCUGGCGGCAUAUGACCACAAGCCUGAGAUGGUCAUGGUCAUGGAGUUUAUCGCAGGCGGGGAACUGUUCGAACGCAUCGUGGAUGACAACUUCGAGCACACGGAGGCUGCCAGUGUGCGCUACAUGCAGCAGAUCCUGGAGGGGGUCGCCUACAUGCACGAGCAAAGCAUUAUACACCUGGACCUGAAACCUGAAAACAUUGUGUGUGUUGACACCACCGGCACCUCUAUAAAGAUCAUUGACUUCGGAUUAGCCCAACGCUUUGAUGCUAACACACCUCUGAUGGUAAUGCAAGGGACUCCGGAGUUUGUGGCACCUGAAGUGAUCAGCUACGAGCCCGUGUGUUUAGCCACUGACAUGUGGAGCAUUGGCGUAAUCUGCUACAUCCUACUGAGUGGUGAGUCUCCGUUCCAGGGAAACAGUGACACAGAGACCCUGGCCCUGGUCACAGCGGCCCAGUGGGAGUUUGAUGAGGAGAGCUUUGACGAAAUUACAGAUGAGGCCAAAGAUUUCAUCAGUUCUCUGCUCAACAAGGACACCAGGCGAAGGAUGUGCUGUAAAGAGGCCCUUGCUCAUCCUUGGAUGGCUGCAUUUGACUCUGAAGAUCUUGCCACCACAAAGUGUCUGUCCAAGGAGAAGAUGAAGCGGUUUCUAGCCAGGCAGAAGUGGAAGAAAGCAGGUAAGGCCAUGCUUGCCCUGAAGAGAAUGGCUUUACUUUCCAAAGGUGACAGCUGUUCAUCUCCUACCAGCCCUGGAGAAACGUCACCUCUGAGCCCAGAAGCAAAGCAUGCACUUAAGUCUCUAGAGGAAAAGAUGCAGGGACCGCCACACUUCACCCAGUGUCUGGAGGACCAGACAGCCGUUGAGGGAUCCAGUGUGUCCCUCUCAUGUCAUCUCACAGGAUACCCUGACCCAGAAGUGGUGUGGCUGCGCGGGGAGGAGCCUUUAGAGGAGUCGCCCGCGGCGCAGAUAGAGUACGAAGAAGACGGCCGCUGUAACCUGGUCCUCGCCAAAGUCAGCAUGGAGGACGCCAAUGUUUACACCUGCAGAGCCACCAACGACCAUGGAGAGACGUUCUGCUCGGCCAAGCUCGCUGUUAAACAGUAG